GCAAUAGGACGGACGACAUGACGUAGGAUGAGAGAAGACCAUACACGCGAUACGCCUCCACUUCAAAAUUCCCAACUGCGGAGCUUGGCGGGGUGAGUUCCCAAGUUCCCAGAGAAAAGAGAGCGCUUGCGCGCAGGGCUAACAGAGCAUUUUUCGUGCCAUGAAUGUCAAUAGCGUCUCACCUGAUGAAGAUGAAGUCAUUGCGAAACUGCUUGAUAUGGGAUUUGAGAAUUCCGCUGUCGUAGAUGCUGUAAAAGAAGUAGGCCCUUCAUUUGAUGAUGCAUUGGAUUAUGUAUUGAAUGGUUGUAGUAGAAACAAUCAGAGAGCAUUGAGUAGUUCAAAAUGCACCACAAGGAAUGUGAAGGCUUUGGGGAAAAGGGCUUUUACUGCUCCGUGUCAAAUUCGACAGUCUAGCAUACUGGAUCAUUUUCAUUCCACCGGUAGACCAAAACGGAUUAAGACUGAGGUUGUACCUGACGUUUCUGUUUCUGGAUCAAAACUAGUGUGCGCUUCUGUAGAACAAUGUGAGAGACCUCCUUCUGUUGUGGAUCAUAGUGUUGAAGUCUUGACAGAAUUGUCUGCAUCGGAUUGCCUGGACAUUCGAUCAGAUUGGGAGAAGACAGCUAACAGUCUCUUGCAAAAGCAUUUUGGUUAUUCAUCAUUAAAAAGUUUCCAGAAGGAGGUCUUGGCUGCUUGGAUGGCUCACCGAGAUUCUCUUGUUCUUGCCGCAACAGGGUCUGGUAAAUCUCUGUGCUUCCAGAUUCCAGCAUUGUUGACAGGGAAGGUGGUGGUUGUGAUUUCACCGUUGAUAAGCUUGAUGCACGAUCAAUGCUUAAAGCUGGCAAAACAUGGGGUAUCUGCUUGCUUUCUUGGAUCUGGGCAACCAGAUAGUACUGUGGAAAACAAAGCAAUGACAGGAAUGUACGACAUAGUAUAUGUUUGUCCUGAAACUAUCUUGAGACUGAUAAAGCCACUUCAAAAAUUAGCAGAAAAUCGUGGAAUCGCACUUUUCGCUAUUGAUGAAGUCCAUUGUGUUUCGAAGUGGGGGCAUGAUUUUCGGCCUGACUACAGGAAAUUGUCUGAGUUGCGAAAGAACUUCAGUGCUUGCGAGUUAAAAUUCUUAAAAUUUGAUAUACCACUGAUGGCAUUGACUGCUACUGCCACAAUUCAGGUCCGGGAAGACAUUCUUAAGUCAUUGUCCAUGUCAAAGGAAACGAAGGUUGUGCUAACUUCCUUUUUCCGGCCAAAUCUAAGAUUUAAGGUACAACAUAGUAGAACAUCUGCAUCAACUUAUGAGGAUGAUUUCCGUGAAUUGAUAGACAUGUAUACUGGAAAGAGAGAAACAGGAGAAAAGAAACAAAUGAUCAUGUCACAAGAACUAAACGACCUCCUGAAUUGCUCUGCUAAUAGUAGCAUAUCAGAGGUAGAUAGCAUUUCUCAGGAUGAUUUGGACAAUAUUGAGGAUGACUUCUCUGACAGGGGUGAUGAAGCAAGUUCAUCCCAGGAAAAUGGUUCAAGUGCUUCAAAGGGAAGGGAGCUGUCAGUUGACUACUUGGAAAAUGACCUUGACAUCUUCCAGAGCGUGAAUGAUUGGGACGUUAGCUGCGGUGAAUUCUCGAGACAAACUGUUUGUGAUGACUGGAAUACUAGAGAAGAAACUAGAUCUAAUAUAACUGAUCUUCCAAAUAAACUGGAAGAAAGACUAAGACUUGUGCAAGAGCCAUUACAGAAAGGGUCAACCAUCAUAUAUGUUCCUACUAGGAAGGGAACGUUGAGCAUUGCAAAUUAUCUUUGUCGGUGCGGGGUGAAAGCUGCUGCCUAUAAUGCAGCGUUGCCAAAGUCGCAUCUAAGGCAGGUCCACAAGAUGUUUCAUGAAAAUACUUUAGAGGUUGUUGUUGCAACAAUUGCAUUUGGAAUGGGAAUUGACAAACUAAAUGUCCGAAGAAUCAUCCACUAUGGCUGGCCACAGAGUUUGGAAGCAUACUAUCAAGAAGCUGGUCGAGCAGGUAGAGAUGGGAAAUUAGCCGACUGCAUUUUAUUUGCAAACUUAACAAGAGCUCCGUCACUUUUGCCGAGUCGAAGAAGUGAAGGGCAGACAAAGCAAGCAUAUAAGAUGUUAUCAGAUUGUUUCAGGUAUGGAAUGAAUUCUUCAUGCUGUCGGGCUAAAAAACUUGUGGAGUACUUCGGGGAGGAUUUCAGUAAGGAAAAGUGUCUCUUCUGUGAUGUGUGUGUAAAUGGACCCCCCGAACUGCAAAAUUUGAGAAAGGAGACAGAUCUCUUAAUGCAGGUUAUUGCUGCUCAUCAUGCAAGUAAAUACAGGAUCGGUUUAUAUGAUGAUGACAUGGGUACUGAUAUUAGACAUGAGAGGUAUAUGGGAAAGCUAAAUCUCAGGAUGAUUGUCAGUAAAAUAAGGGAGCAGUCUCAAGAAUUUAUGGCAACCGAACUUCUUUGGUGGCAAGGCCUUGUUCGAAUCGUGGAAGGUAAAGGCUACGUCAAAGAGGGUGAUGAAAAGACACACGUUCAGCUAAAGUUCCCCGAGCUAACAGAACUUGGGUUGGAGUUUCUCGAAUCCAAAACGGAGCAAACUUUCUACGUUCACCCUGAAGCGGAUAUGCUACUCUCUGCAAGCAGACCUAAAUCUUUCUCAACUUUUUCGGACUGGGGCAAAGGCUGGGCUGAUCCUGAGAUUCGGCGUCAGCGGUUAGAGCAUUCGAGGCAACAGAAAACCAUUUAGCUCCGGAGGUAAAAGAGGAAGACGAAAGUCACGAAGGCAACGAAAUGGUCCAAGUUUAAAAACUGCUCGAGGUAGAAUAGAGGCCAAACUGUCCAAUAAAAGUGUCCGGCCAAGGUCUUUGAAUCGUUGACAAGUUUGGGAUUUUACAUGCAAGACAUUGUGAUGUGAUCAAGGAUUUAAAUAUGAAAAAAAAGGAAAUGAGAAGCUUUGCAUGUGGGACCUCUUCA